AUGUUGAACUCGACGAUGAAGCGAUCGCUCGUCGGUGCGAGUCGUACUUUCACCAGCUCGAGCCAUCGCGCCUCGCUCGCGGACAUGGAAGCCAUGACCCAGCUCAAGCCGUGGAAGGGAACCAACACCAAUGGCGGACAGACGACCAACUUGAUUGGCGGUGAAUGGACCGUGGGUGAGUGCGACGGUCUACUCCCUAGCUUGUCAUCCUCCUGUUGCGUUCGGUAUCGGUCGCCGGUUCCCAACAAUCCCUCGCUCUCUGUUCUCUCGCCGGCGACUUCGGCACAACCGGCUGCUCCCCCCACUCUAUCCUCGCUUGCUCGCACCGCGCCGCACGGAACGACCCCCCGGGCUGACCGUAACUCGUUCCCGUGCUCAAUCAACAGGCUCCAACGUCGACAAAUGGAUCGACGUCAACGACCCUUCGACCCAACGCGUCCUGACCCGAGUCCCCGAGACCACCCACGCCGACAUGGUCAAGAUUGUCGAUAAAGCCGAAGAGGCUUUUCACGAAUGGAAGGACUCGUCCGUGCUCAAGCGACAGGCCGUCAUGAUGAACCUCGCGGCUUUGAUCAGGGAAAACCACGAUGAGAUUGCUAGGUCGAUCGUGUUGGAACAGGGCAAGACCUUUGCCGAUGCAAAGGGCGACGUCCUUCGCGGGCUGCAGGUUCGCCCGAUUCCUCAAACCGAAAGAUGCCGAGAGGAGCCAGACCCCGUCCUGACGCUUUUUCGGUCUUUAUCCUACCGCAGGUCGUCGACUCGAUGAUCGGUGUUCCUCAGAUGUUGAUGGGCGAAAAGAUGGAAGUCUCCAAGGAUAUGGACACUGAAACGCGCAAGGUACCCCUGGGAGUCGGUGCCGCCAUUUGCCCGUGAGUCCCUCACCACCCGGAAAAGUCGGCUCGGCUCCGUCUCUUCCUCAUUGGCAGACUGCUCAUCGAUCACAUACCUCCGCCUCGCAGCUUCAACUUCCCCGCCAUGAUUCCCUUGUGGUCCAUCCCGAUGGCGAUCGCCACCGGCAAUUCGCUUAUCCUCAAGCCUUCGGAGCGAGACCCUGGAGCCGCGAUGAUCGUCGCCGAGCUGGCCGAGCGAGCAGGUCCGUGCUACUCUCCGUCAAAUCCGCUGCCAAUCUUUCACCGAGCUCAUACCUUGACCUCAUCUCCUUCCAUAGGUCUUCCAAAGGGUGUCCUGUCCAUCUUGCAUGGUUCGAUCCCAGCGGUCAAGUUCAUCUGCGAAGAGCCGAGAAUCAAGGCCAUCUCGUUCGUCGGAUCGGACCGAGCAGGCAAAUACAUCUACGAUACGGGAAGCGCGCAUGGGAAGCGAGUGCAGGCCAAUUUGGGUGCCAAGAGUCAGUUCAGACGUUCUUUGGCUUCGUCGUCACCCCCGUAUGUUGACUUCUGUGACGUCGGUAUGCUAUCAGACCACUGCAUCUUGAUGCCGGACGCCAACAGGAACUUUGCGCUCAACAGCGUCGUAGGCGCUGCAUUCGGUGGUAAGUGUUGACAUGAACCAUUCAAGCCAGUCGAGUCUUACUCACACGAUCACGUCUUUUAUCGCACAGCUGCCGGUCAGCGCUGCAUGGCUCUUUCGGUUUGUGAGUAUUUUCGUGCAUGCCCGUCACGCUUUGAGUGCAAGGACUGACCAGGUCAAAUCUGACAUUCUGCAGUGGUCACUGUCGGCGAGACCGAGGACUGGCUCCCCGAGUUGAUCGAGCGCGCUCAAAAGCUCAAGGUCGGCAACGGCUUUGACCCCGAAGUCGAUGUGUAAGCUCUCUACGUUCUUGAAACGACGUCUCAUCCCAUUCACUCACCCAAGCCAUCCCUUCCCAUCGGCAGAGGCCCUCUGAUCAACCCGUCGGCGAAGCAACGCGUUGAAGGUCUGAUCGAGUCGUGCGAGAAGCAAGGUGGCAAGAUCGCUCUGGACGGACGAGGCGUCAAGGUCCCCGGGUACCCCAAGGGCAACUUUGUUGGCCCCACCAUCUUGCUCGCCGAUACGUCGAUGGACUGCUACCAGUGAGUUGAGAAUGUAUUGGUGCGAUUCGCCACUGGGUCCGGGAGCUGACUCGUUGCUAUGAUCCGCCUGGAUCUGUUCAACAGAGAGGAGAUCUUCGGUCCCGUCUUGACGAUCGUUAAGGCCAAAGACCUCGAUGACGCGAUCCAUCUCAUCAACCGCAACCGCUACGGCAACGGAACGGCCAUCUUCACUCAAUCAGGAGCGACGGCUCGCAAAUUCGAGAAGAACGUCGAAGCGGGUCAGAUCGGGAUCAACACACCCAUUCCGGUGCCUUUGCCUAUGUGGUCUUGGUCCGGGAACAAAGGAUCCGUAUUGGGAGGUCAGAGUUUGUACGGACCGAGAGGUGUCGAUUUCUGGACCCAGUUGAAGGUAUGUCGGAUAGUGACAAGAAUUUGCGUCUACCUCGCUGACGUGCUGAGAAUCGCGAACCGCUGUACAGACUACUACAACAAUGUGGCGUGCCGAGGAUGCGCUCGACAGCCGAGCUACGGCGACGAUGCCGACCAUGUCAUAA